AUAUAUAUCAAAAAAUAUAUAUAUAUAUAAAUGAUCUUGAGAGCUUUGUGCCUUGGACUGGCGCUCCUUGUGCUGGCCCUACACGAAUCGCUCGCUUAUCAACCUGGCAGCUAUUCUGAUGGACAGUCGGCGCAGUCCGGGUUAUCAGCAUCGACGCAUUCCAACAAUGCCCACGCUCAAGAGCAGCCAAUCUAUGAACGGGAUACGGCCUGCCCGCCCCAGUUUAGAGGACUUAAGCCAUAUGCCCACGAUUGCCAUCGUUUCAUCAGCUGCGCAAAUGGUCGAUCCACUAUACAAACCUGUUCACCGGGCACGGCUUUUAAUGCCCUAACUGGAACUUGUGACCACCUGUCCCAAGUAGCCUGUGAGGGUCAAGCCGGUCGCUCGGCUCGAUUGCAGCAGCUGAAUACACAGCCCAAGUGCGCAGCGGGCUUGAACGGCCUGCAGCCGCAUCCUUAUGACUGCACCAAGUUUCUGAACUGCGCCAAUGGACAGACCUUUAUCCAGAACUGUGGACCCGGCACAGCCUUCAGUCCAUCCAUGUUGGUUUGCGACUACAAGCACAAGGUGGAUUGCGGUGAUGGUCGCUUCAAUGUUGAUGAAUCAGCUCAAGGUCAAACGGGUGGCACUUCUGGUGGACUCACUUGUCCAGAAGGUGCUCGCGGUCAAUUUCCCUACCCCAAUGACCCCUAUAAAUAUGUAAUUUGUGGAAUUGGUGUGCAGCCGCGUCUAGAGCAAUGCCCAUCGGGUAAAAUUUUCGAUGGCCACAGUUUGAUUUGUAUUCCCAUUGGAGCCCUCGCUGCCCAAACUGAUUUCUCCUCUACCGCCCGGCUAAGUGAUCUACUCUGUCCUGGAGGCGUCGAAGGCCUGUUCGUUCAUCCCUUCGAUCAAACCAAAUUCCUCAAUUGUAAGGCUGGCAAGGUGGCUGUCCAGAGCUGUAUUCCUGGUCACGUCUUUAGUAUAUCCAAAGGGUAUUGCCAGCUUAAGGCACAAUCUGUGUAUAGCGACUAUGUGACUUACAUUGUCUCCGAGAUCAGCUACGAAUAUUCUCUGAUGCUGACCCGCUGUCCGGCGGGCACGGAUGGUCUUCAUCUCUACCCCUACGAUGCUGGGAAGUAUGUUCGCUGCGAAGCUGGAGGAGGGAUGUCUAUUUUGAGCUGUGGAGAGGAUAUGGCAUAUAGUUUUACUCAACGGGCGUGUCGACCGCGUAGACAAGUGACUCGAGCGGAACGCGUCAAGUUCUUUUCGGAGCUUAGCUUUCAAGGAGGCAGCUACAGUUACACGGAUAGUCAGGCCUUUCAGUCUGGACUAAAGUCCUGUCCCCCCAAUCUGCGUGGCAACUACGCCUAUCCAUUCCAUGCCGGUCACUUUGUGCUGUGUCAGAAUGGUUUGUUGCAGGUGGAGUCCUGCCCAGCGGGAUCUGUUUAUAGUCUAUCCACGCGCAGGUGCGCGGCUCGCCAGCAGCUCACGUCACAUGACUUUUUGGACUAUGCCUAUAUAAAUAUUCAGCUCUCGACUGACCUUUUGCUAGACCUUACCACUGUCACCUGUCCCGCAAAUGCAGUUGGAUACUAUUUACAUCCCUUUGAUUGUACCAAGUUUUUAAACUGUCGCGAUCAACAGACCUCCAUUGAGAGCUGUGAAAAGGGGGAGGUCUUCAGCAUCUCCCAACGACGUUGCGUGGCCAGGGAUGAAUUGGUGUCCGCGUACGAUCGGGUGGAGUAUCUAACAGAGACGCAGCAUGAGUUCUCCCAAGAACACCCGGUGGCUGAGGGUCGACAGUUGCAGUCUAAGGCACAAAAUCUGCAAGAAGAAGCUACGUGUCCUCCAGGCGCUAGUGGCCUUCACAAGCAUCCCUACGAUUGUACAAAGUUCCUGAAUUGCGCUAAUGGGCAGACUUUUAUUCAGGACUGUGGGCCUGGAACAGCUUUUAGCGCAUCUCUGUUGGUCUGUGACUUCAAGGAUAAGGUGGACUGCGGCGAGGGACGUUCGUAUACGGGCGAAGGCGAGAUAACUUACAGUGGUUAUAGCGGUCAUGUUAGCGGCUCAGCUACGGGUCAUCAAGGUGGAUCAUCGGUUGAUGUAAAUGGAUCGUUUAACGGAGCAAGUUGCCCGGAAGGAGCUCGCGGCUUAUUUCCGUAUUUCAAGGAUCCUCACAAGUAUGUCAAAUGUGGAAUUGGUGUACAGCCCCGCCUUGAGCAAUGCCAGUCGGGUGAGGUCUUUGAUAGCCACAGUUUGAUUUGUGUUCCCACGGGAGCCCUCUCUACCCAAACUGAUUUCUCCUCUACCGCCCGGCUGAGUGAUCUACUCUGUCCUGGAGGCGUCGAAGGCCUGUUCGUUCAUCCCUUCGAUCAAACCAAGUUCCUCAAUUGUAAGGCUGGCAAGGUGGCUGUCCAGAGCUGUAUUUCUGGUCACGUCUUUAGUAUAUCCAAAGGGUAUUGCCAGCUUAAGGCACAAUCUGUGUAUAGCGACUAUGUGACUUACAUUGUCUCCGAGAUCAGCUACGAAUAUUCUCUGAUGCUGACCCGCUGUCCGGCGGGCACGGAUGGUCUUCAUCUCUACCCCUACGAUGCUGGGAAGUAUGUUCGCUGCGAAGCUGGAGGAGGGAUGUCUAUUUUAAGCUGUGGACAGGAUAUGGCAUAUAGUUUUACUCAACGGGCGUGUCGACCGCGUAGACAAGUGACCCGAGCGGAACGCGUCAAGUUCUUUUCGGAGCUCAGCUUUCAAGGAGGCAACUACAGUUACACGGAUAGUCAGGCCUUCCAGUCUGGACUAAAGUCCUGUCCCCCCAAUCUGCGUGGCAACUACGCCUAUCCAUUCCAUGCCGGUCACUUUGUGCUGUGUCAGAAUGGUUUGCUGCAGGUGGAGUCCUGCCCAGCGGGAUCUGUUUAUAGUCUAUCCACGCGCAGGUGCGCGGCUCGUCAGCAGCUCACGUCACAUGACUUUUUGGACUAUGCCUAUAUAAAUAUUCAGCUCUCGACUGACCUUUUGCUAGACCUUACCACUGUCACCUGUCCCGCAAAUGCAGUUGGAUACUAUUUACAUCCCUUUGAUUGUACCAAGUUUUUAAACUGUCGCGAUCAACAGACCUCCAUUGAGAGCUGUGAAAAGGGGGAGGUCUUCAGCAUCUCCCAACGACGUUGCGUGGCCAGGGAUGAAUUGGUGUCCGCGUACGAUCGGGUGGAGUAUCUAACAGAGACGCAGCAUGAGUUCUCCCAAGAACACCCGGUGGCUGAGGGUCGAGAGCCGCAGUUCAAUUUACAGCCUGUUAACGGAGUUGUGGAAUGUCUAUCUGGUGCUGGUGGACUUCAACCGCAUCCUUACGACUGCACCAAGUUUCUAAACUGCGCAAAUGGCCAGACCUUUGUUCAGGAUUGUGAACCCGGUACAGCUUUCAAUAGAUUACGGGGCGACUGCGAUCACGCCGCCCAAGUGAAUUGUGCUCAGUCUAUCAUCAAUCCGAAUACUUAUCCUACCACCGUUCCCUCCUAUCGUUUGGCUUGCCCUGUUCAUGUCUAUGGCCUUUAUGCACAUCCCUUUGAUGCCAAAAGCUACCUAUAUUGCGAUGAGGGACAUACAACGAUCAGGCAGUGCCUGCCCAAUGAAGUUUUCAGUCUCUCGCGUGGCUAUUGCCUGUCAGCGGAACUCGUGCUGGCUGCAGAUCGCGUUUCCCUGUUUAGCGGUGCGGAGGAGCUCAGCCUAGAACAGUUGGAGUCUAUAAGUUGUCCACAUGCGGCUGUGGGCAAUCACGCAUAUCCCUUCGACUGUACGCAGUAUUUGAGCUGUGAGGCGGGCAUUACGCGCCUUCAGAGCUGUCCCAAUGGUCAACACUUUAGCCUAUCGCAGCGCAGAUGUCAACCUCAGGAGCAAGUGCAGCGCAUCGAUCGCGUUUACCGUUUAAGUGAGCUGCAGAUAUUUUACGAGUGGUGGCAGCAGCUUCAGCAUGUGGGAGCUAGCGUUGGGAUCAGGUGUCCAUUUGGUUUGACGGGCAACUAUCAGCAUCCGACGUUGCCACACAAAUUUAUCAGCUGUGCAGCCCAAACCUCGGAGGCGGUAUUCCUCGAUUGUCCCGCUGGUCAGGUUUUCAGCGUAUCUCGGCGUCUGUGUGUGCCGGGCACGCAGGUGCCCACACACGAUCGCUGUGACUAUCAGUCAAAGCAAGCACUGAACUCCUAUGGUUGGAUAGAUCUGCGUCAUGACGCACGCGAGCCAAAGGCGUAUGUGCAACCGGUUUACGGUGGUGCCGAUCAGUACGGCAGUGGAUCGGGCAUUAAAACGACCGUUGUCAGUGGCGGAAGUCGCUGGAGCGACAUGAAUAUGGAACGUCCGUCGGGCAUUGGCUUUGGGCAGGAUACACAGCAGACACUCGCUAACGGCUGGUCGGGCCAGGGAAGCUCCUACAAUCGACAGGCGCCCACACAGAGCGUGCUCUAUGUGGAGGGCUCACUGCUGCCGAAUCGUAACUAUCAACCCACUACCACAAAUUCAGUAUAUAAAACGCCACUGGCGCCCAUGGCGCCCACCACAAGCAAUGUUUACUAUGCUCAGCCCGUGGAGACUGUCCACUCGUCGCGUCAGAAUUUCAGUCGCUCCCAGACAAAUGACUGGCAUACGGCGCGUACACCAUACAAUCCUCAGAGCAGCUACCCUCAGGCUAGUCUACCAGGACAGCAGCCCUUAGAUCUUGACUACCAACCCGAUGGACAUGCUGAAGGGCCUAGAGAUCAGCUGCCAAGCGGAUCGCAUCAACAGCCUCGCGAGCAUUCUCCUUAUCCCUCUGUGCCCACUAAUCAUAAGCCCACUUUUCAUGGUCAGUCUUAUCCGCCAGCGGUUGAAUCAAAUUUGUAUGGUGGUCUGCAACCGCCUACACCUCCAGCUCAGCCCUCUGGCUUUACUCCAAUUCACCCACAAUCCAAUCCCCCUGCCCGUGCCCUACCAAGACAGCGACCACUUGACCUGGACGACUAUAAUCCCGAUGUGGAUACCCAAGCAACUGUAGAUCAGCCUUAUCCUACUUUCGGUCAAGCACCUGCGCCCGUUCCCUCUGUGCCUGCCAAUCACAGUCCCACUUAUCGGGGUCAGCCCCAUCCUGUGGCUAAUGAAUCAAAUUUGUAUGGUGGGUUGCAGCCACCCUCCCGCCCAUCUCUGGCCGAGACUACAACAACUCCCACCACCAGCUCGACGCCUUCGAACCUCCGCACAUUCCCGAUUUAUCCACGUGUGUUCAAUGCCACACCUGCUAAUCCAGCCAAUCACCCACACUAUAGUCCGCCCUAUGCGGCAGUUGCGCAUUCGCAGAAUGCUUCCUGGCAGAAGGUGCCACCUCGUGCCCGCGAACCUGAUCCUUUUAUGGACAGGGGAGAUUAUGAUGAAGCCGAUUAUGGUGAUUCGGAGACGACCACCACAGAAAGAAUCGGCUUGAGGCCACCGCCCUUCAACCAUCAGUUUUACAAUCCACCACAAGGAGCUGCUCCCGCGGCAGAGACACCCUCCAAGGUAGCUCUCGGUGAGGCGUUGCGUUUGAUGCUGCGGCCCUAUUUCAAUCACAGCGGCAAUGCGCAGGAAGCACUAGCCGAGCGGGCCGAAUCCGCCAUUGCGUCCGCUAUUAGUAAGCCACCGACUAGCACGACUCCCAUCCCGACCACGACCACGACGAUCAAAGAACCCCAUCGGGGCAGACAGACGCCCGACGAUGAGGUUGAACUGAUUGUGGCGGGCGAACAGGAAAGCUUGGACAUUGCUGACGAUGACUCUGUUGUUCCAGAUGCGGGUGAAACGGCGCGCACUGAGCAAACCCUAAAUCCAACGACGUACGCAUCCGGCUAUGACACGACUGACUUCCAACGGGGCACACGUAGAGUGGACACCGAUAGCAGUACGCAAUCCUAUCCAAACUCAAAUUCCAACAACUGGCAUGCGUGGGGUCACAGUCGUGAGUUCCACAAGCGUCAUCCAAAUAUGCCCGAUCCGUUCGAUAAGCCGGAAGACCAGCACCAAGCCAAACACCAGCACCACCCACACCACCCCCACCACCACCACCAUCAUCAUCCUCACGAGCACAGCCGUCUUUACCAUAGCAGCCAUCCCAAUCUACCCAAUCCUUUUUCCACCAAAAACGAGGAGCAUCCACAACCAAAGCAAAGGGAGCAGCCAGAGCCGCAGCCAGACUUUGGGGAAGAGCCUGACUUUCUGCCCAAUCCAAAUGCGGAAGCCACCACGUCACGUACUCCAGAAAUACGUUUUCGCAGUGGUUUUGAUGAGCCCUGCGAGUUUGAUUGCGGCGGGGGCAAGUGUGUGAAGAAAAUCGAAGUCUGCGAUGGCGUCAACAACUGUGGCAAUCGGAGAGAUGAGCAUCAGUGCGAUCAUCUGGGCUAUCAGGUGCGCCUGACGGGCGGCGAGAGUCCGCACAUGGGACGCAUUGAGGUCAAGGUCAAUGGCCAGUGGGGCUACGUUUGCGACGACAAGUUCGGACUGCGCGAUGCGGAUGUUGUGUGCCGUGAGCUGGGCUUUAAGAUGGGCGCUGCUGAGGUGCGUGGCAAUUCCUACUAUGAGCCACCCGAACGGAACUUCAACUAUGCCAUGGAUGAGCUCGAGUGUCGGGGCAACGAGACAAAGCUAAAGGAUUGCGACUUUAAGGGCUGGGGUGUGCACAACUGUGGUGUUGAUGAGGUGGUGGGCGUGGUCUGCAAGGUGCCCGUGCUAAAGUGUCCCAACAAUUUCUGGUUGUGUCAGACGUCAAAGGAGUGCAUACCGCCCGCCUUUGUCUGCGAUCACACCGAGGAUUGUGCGGACAAGUCAGACGAGAGCGAUGCCGUCUGCAAGGCGCCCAUUGAGUAUCGUCUGGAGGGCGGACGCAGCCCGAUCGAGGGUCGUCUGGAGGUCAAGUAUCAUGGCGUUUGGGGCUCCGUCUGCGACGAUGACUUCAAUAUAAAAGCUGCGCAGGUGGCCUGCAAUAAUCUGGGCUACUAUGGAGCAGCUAAAAUUGAAAAGAACAUUUUCGGUCCGGGCAGCGGACCCAUCUGGCUGGAUCAGGUUCUAUGCCAGGGCAACGAGACGAGCAUAGACAUGUGCCGGCACUGGAACUGGGGCGAGCACAACUGCAAUCACACCGAGGAUGUGGGUCUGCGCUGCACCGCCGGACCGCCACCGCGGCAGUCACGGCAACGAACUCGUCUACAGGCAUUGGACAAGGACAGCUCGGUUGGCCAAGCCGCCCAAGUUAGUCUCUCCGACAUAGGCCUCUGGGAGAGAUCGAGCAAGGCAUUGCGCACACCGCGACGCUGUGGCAUCUUCAAGGACGACCUGACCGAUGAGUUUGCGCAUCCGGAACAGCGUGUGGUGCAGGGCAGCGUGGCGCGUCGUGGCCGUCAUCCGUGGCAGGCUACGAUACGCACGCGUGGACGCGGCGGCAUCUCCAGCCACUGGUGCGGUGCUGUGGUCAUCUCCAAGCGGCAUCUGCUCACCGCCGCCCAUUGCCUCUACGGUCAUCCAAAGGGCGCCUAUUUUGUGCGCGUCGGCGAUCACUAUGCCAACAUAGCGGAGCACUCGGAGGUGGAUGCCUUCAUUGAGAACUGGUACACGCACGAGCAGUUCCGGCAGCCCACGCACAUGAACAAUGACAUUGCCGUCGUGGUGCUCAAGGCACCGCUUAAGUUCAGCGACUACGUGCAGCCAAUUUGUUUGCCUGAGCGUGGUGCGCCGCUGGUUGAGAAUCGCACUUGCACCAUCUCCGGCUGGGGCUCCAUCAAAUCGGGCAUGUCCACUCCCUCCCAGGAACUGAGAGCUGCUCAGCUGCCCAUUUUGCCGGAUGCGACUUGCAAGCAAAUGAAUGUCUACGGUGAUGCCAUGACCGAAGGCAUGUUCUGCGCCGGCUCCAUGGACGAAAGCGUCGAUGCCUGCGAGGGCGACUCUGGCGGCCCGCUUGUCUGCUCGGAUGAGGAUGGCGAAACACUUUAUGGCAUCAUAUCCUGGGGACAGCACUGCGGCUAUCAGAACCGACCUGGCGUCUAUGUGCGCGUCUGUCACUAUAUCGAUUGGAUCUACGAGAAGAUCAACCAGAGUAUGCUGCGCUUCUAAAUAAAUCACACGAUUUAUAUAUUUGGGCCCCCCCCCCCCCCAACAAGUGCUCGCCCCAACGCUGCCACAAGCUACUUAUAUUUAUGGCAGCACCUAUAUGUAGGCUAUAAACAUUGUACGAUUCUUGUUAUUUAUAUCCAAGGGGUGGGGCAGGGGGGUAGGCACGUAGAUUAAGCACAUAAUCAAUGCUAAUAAAACGCACAACAAUAAC